UGACAAAGUUACUGUUUGCGCCACAACAUUCAACAAGUAAUUUGUUAAAACUAGAAGUUUUAAAUUGUUUCUAUAAGUUUAUAUGGAAAAUACAAUUUUGUUUUAUUGCAAUAUGUCCCAAAAUUGUUCGGUAUCUUUGUACAGAACUUUAAACAUUUUUUAAAGGGAUUCUAAGAUGAAAGGAGGUUAGGAAUGUGGAAAGUAGCCCAGAAAAAUACUGGAGGGCAACAUGAGGUGAUGUAUUUAGAGACAUGGCAGAAUUCUUGCCACUAUGCGACUUGCUCUUCAAUGUAGUGUCCCUUGCAGCAUAUUUCUGUGAUCUGGUAUUUGAUAUCCUGGUUGUAUAUGCUCUCUACGAAAAGGGCUUAAUAGUGCUCUUUUCUCAAUGCUUGGCAGCCAUAAUCAUUAGUACAGUUGUCUCCCAAGUUCUAUCAAUGCACUGGUAUCUACAAUGCAAAACAAGUACCAGUUGGCAGAAAUGGAUUGUGAUAAUAUUUCAUAUUUUGCAACUGGGUGUUUUAUGGCGAUACGCUCGACUCCUUGUACCUGUUCAGUUAGCUAGUGUUAAGCGUGAAGUCAGAGACUUGUGUAUUUUAAGAAUAGUGCAUGGGUUCUUACAAGCUGCCCCAAUGUUGCUUCUACAACUUACAUUGUUACCUGGAGUGGAAGGUGGUCCCCAAACGGAUCUAAUAAAAGUUUCCUCAGCUCUCUCCCUGUUUUCAAUAUGUUGGGCCCUAGCUUCAUUCAGCAAACACAUACAAAGUAUCGACCGCUUAGUACUUACAUGGCUGGGUGUAGUUUCUCAACUUUUAUGGAGAGGAGGCACUGUAACAGCACGUGCCUUAGCUUUAUCAGCCUAUGCCGCUAGUUACAAUUCUUGGGUAUUUUUAGUACUAGCCCUCCACUGGGCAUGCAUGUUCCUGUGGUUACUCUCGCCUAGAAGUCCAUUCCACGGACAGAGGGGAAGUAAACUGGGAGUAUGUGCCCUUAUAGCAGCUAUUUAUAUUUUGGCUUAUAUAAAUCUUCAAGAUAAGCCACACCGAAGAACAAUGGGGAUAUUUUAUGUAGUUAUGUUACUUGAAAAUUGUAUGUUGGUAGGUGCUUGGGUUGCAGCUGUGUGGCAUGUAAGACCUCCACAUUGGGAAUUGGUGCCAAUUUUAACAGUAUCCUUAUUUGCCGCAGGCAUAAUAUUUAUGCUUGUGUACUACAAGUUUUUCCAUGUGAAACGUCUCAUGGAGAAACCGUCCCAUCCACCUGGUGUGUUCAAUUGCCGUUUUAGUAGUCCCUCUGCAUCUGCUCUGUAUCGAAAAAAGAAGAAACCAACUACAUUUGUACCGCCGCCUGGUUUAGGUCCAGUCACUGUUCCAUUCUGGAGGCGACCCUUGCCAUCUUCAAGUGAAAAUGAAGGUAGCAGUGUAGGCUCCCGAGUAAACAUCCACCAAAAACUUCAGGAGAAAAAACAGAAACAGUUGGCGGAACUCAAAAUAAUCGAAGAAGAAAUAAAGCAGGGUAAAUUAGUUGGUCCAGAAGGAGCAGAAUUCGACGAUAGACAACCGAUACCAAGGGCCAAACGCCACGUUGAACCUCAGCUGUUUAGUUUGUCAUCACUGAAUAAUUUGGCGAAUUAUGGGAUCAUAACCCGUAGACCACCACCAAGAGCACCCAGAAGCAGAACCCCCGAACUUCUUCUGGCUCCUAGAUACCUCUAUUGCGAAUGUACAAUUCCCGAACCGGAAAUAGUAGAAGUUCCCGUCCCCCACACGUCUUCCGAUUUGGAGAGCCAAGUCUCUUUGCCGCGUUCCUACACACUACCCCGAGAAUUCAAAUAUUACAGAAGGCAGAGAGUAGGAAGACCUAUUCAGCCGAUUCCUUCCACUAAUAGUAGUGACGGAGAUGUAGAUAGUGGAGAUGACGAAUCAGACUGUAAUCCUCCUCCUCCUACGGUUGUGAGGCCACUGAGGAGGCAUUUUAGGCACGAAACUAAAUUAUAGUCAGAUAACUAUGAACAAAAUACGAUUGAGGGUUGUGGUAAGUGACAUACAACAUUCCUUUUGAUAGAAAAAUGUCCACUGCAAACAAAACACUGUUCUCUAAUAAUUAAAGCACAUAUUUUUGCACUUUGUUGUUUUUUGAAACAGAGAGGCAUUAUAAAUCAGAUAUUUAAAUAUAACCAUAAUCAACAUUAAGUUUAAAAAGAUCGAAGCGACAAUAAUUUUUCUACAAAGUACCACCGCUUGGGCCUUUUUAUAUUAAAGAAAAUUGCCCUAUUUUCGGAUUGUCGCUUGGACCUUUUUUC